ACACAACUUUCAGGGCAACUGAUUCCAGGAGUCCAUGGGCCACCUUUGGAGGAGGAAAUGGGUCUGACUUCUGGGAAGACGGGAUCUUCCUUAGGCAUGGAGAAUUCCAGAUUAGGUGCUGAGGCUGCUACUCCAUCACUGGGCUGGAGAAAUGCUGAAGAGUCCAGUGCCCUGCAAGGAAACAUUGGUGGAGCAGGAGUAAAAGAAGCACAUUUGGGAAAAAGACCCAAAAAAGAGAAAGGACCAUGGUGUUCUGCAGACCAAGGACAAGCUCCAGGGUCCCGGAGUAAUGGCCCCCAGCAGGAGUCAGAGGCUGAGCCUUCUGAGGAGGACCCCGGGCUGCGUGUCCUGCGGCUCCAGCACCAGGUGCGGACCCUGCAGUGCCAGCUCAGGGACCAGGGGACCGCACUCCGGCAGCUGCAGGCCUCUCGCGAGGAGGCCACGUGCCUCCAGGAGGAGCUCGAGGGCAGGCUUGCAGAACUUCAGAAAAAGCUGCAUGAAGCAAAACUGGCCGUGGCUCCUCUGAAGGCCAAGCUGGCUUCCCUGGUCCGGAAGUGCCGGGAGAGGAACUGCCUAAUUGCUCACCUGCUGCAGGAGCUGCACAGACAUGGGUCAGCGAAUCUCCUGCUCUCUGAGCUGGCACAGAACAUGGUGAAUGAUGUGGCACUGGCUGAGUACGCGGCCACCUUCCUGGCUCCGGGAGUCCCAGAGACAAGCCACCACUUGGAUGUCAAGUCUGAGAAGACAGCAGUUGUUAGAGCUCAGAAAUUCUUCUUGAACCCUGAAAUAGACAGUGUUCUCCAAAGCUCAUCGUGUUUGGAGUCUUGGUCUGUUCCCGAGGCUGAGCGGCUGAAAGAGACAGCUCGACUGGAUUCUCUGAAGCUUCCCCCGCCCUUGGGGCCCUCCCUUGAUUCUGGAAUGUGCCUGGCAGCGGUCACUGUGGAACCAGGACUCCCGGCACGACGUCUGCCAGAAGGUGGAGUACCCUGUCCUGCCUUCCAAGCUCAUGGCCUGCCAUCACCCUUGGAGCUCCAGAGCCCGGCGAGGAUCCUGGCUUUUCACCAAGAGCUUAGACAAAGCAUUUGCAGCAGUUCCCAGGUCAAUAAAUCAACACUGGAGUUAUAAAUUGAAUAGGACCACUCAUUCUCCGUGGCCAUUUCAUAGACUCCAUAAAUAUUUGAAGCAGAACCUUUGGAGAGUGCUCUAAGAAAUUGGUAGCAAUCAAAGCCCUUACUUAGUGGCAAGUGGUGUUGCCUUUGGCUUAGGGAUCUGUGCUCAUUGUCAGAGCUUGGGAGAAAUGCUGGACUGUGCCCUGCAAAUUUGGAGGAGUCUGGUUUUGGCAAAUGUCAAGGCAGCAAAGCAAAUAUUUACGGUACCAAAACCUAUUGAAUGACUAGUCCAGUGGCUCUCAACUGGGCAUGAUUUUACCCCCACCGCUACCCACAGGGCAAAAUUUGGCAAGGUCUGGAGACGUUUUGAGUCAUUACAACAGGAGGUUGUUACAAUGGGCUCUACCCACUAGAUGCUGCUAAACACCUUAUAACGCACAGGACAGCCCCCUAGAACAAAGAAUUAUCCAGCGCGAAUGUCUCAGUGCCGAGGUUGAGAGGCCCAGGACUUGUCUAGUAGUAACUAACAUCGUCAGCCAUGGAGAAUUGUUUUGUUUUCCGCCCCUGGGGCCCCUCCUCAUGUUUUAAAAGAUUUUUGUCUACUAACUGAAAUGCCUAAUCAAAGCAAUUAUAUAUUUUACAUUUAAAAACAUUAAAACCAACCAGAACUUUCCAAUCAGUCCAUUCACUACAAGAGCAUUUGUUGACGUCUACUGUAUGCCAGACAACAUAGUGUGAGGUGACAGAGAUGAGCCAGUGAUGGUGCCUGCCCUGGGGACCUCACAGGGCGACAGGAGAGACACACAUAUAAAUACACUGUCAUGCAGUCAACUGUUACAUGUGCCAUGAGAGACGGGACAAAGGGAAGGGUCAGUUCUCAGAGGCGUGGGAAGCCAUCCACAAAGGAACAGCUGAGCAGAGGUGAGGUGGGGAAGGGUGUUACAGUCAGAGGGAACAGCAUGUGCAAAGGCUCUGAGGCAUGGAACUGAACUGUGGAUAUGCUGUUGGAGGAGGAAUGUGCAAAGCAGCCCCCUGCCCAGCCAGCGGCAGGGGUCAUGCCUCUUCCCCACCCACAUCCCUUCUUCCUUGGAGAACUGGAGUGGAAAAAGAACGCCUCCAUCCUGAGGGCAGGCACCCAAAAAGGGAGUCCAGGGGGACUUGGACCACAUAUGCCCAGGCCCAUGCUCACCAACCAGAGAAGUCAUCUCUCUCUGUGGGAAGGAGCUGGUGAGAGGCUUGAGGGAAAGACAAGAGCUACCUGCUCGAUUCUGUUUCCUCCUGGAAGUGGUUGUCCCUUCAUGGAAGGACAAAGAAGGAAAGGACAAGCCCCUCCGGGAAGCAGGCAAGGGAAGAAGACAGCACAGAGGCAGAAACAUCAAGCUGGAGAAUAAGUAUAUUGCUCUUAACGGAUGACUA